AUGUUCACACUCAAACUCGUCUCCACUUGCUUUUACAUCCUUUUAUUCAGUGGCAUUAAAUCAGUACUGGCAAUAAAAUGCUAUCAGUGCAGCACUGAAAAAGACGGCAAAGGAGUAGACAACUGUGGAGCUUACAAUUCAUUUGACAAGAACCAAAACAUCGCAGUCGACUGCAUGGGAGAGGAGGCAGUGACGCCUGGCACAUUCUGCUUCAAGUCAAUUCAACAAGGACCACGUGGCUUCAUUUGGGAUGGUCGCUGGAGAAGUGUCAUUCGCCGGUGCGCACAAGUCAGCGAACGAGGCAUAUCCUGGGGCUGCGAUUGGGGCUACUACGAGAAUGGAGUCUACUGGGAGGAGUGCUACUGUGCAGAGGACAGCUGCAACCCGGCCAGUAGGGUUACGGUGCAAGUGAAGACCAUUUUGCUCACAUUCAUCUCCACACUGCUCACUACUUACUUUCUCAUCUGGCGCCACUAA